UAUGGAAUUCCCUAUUGACGCCGAGCAACAGAGCGUCGGAAAAAAAGUGGUGCUGAUCCGCUCGGUGGAAUGAAAACAGAGGCUCAGAGAAGGGAACACUCGUUUAAAUGAUGAUACUGCUACUGUAUGACCAAAAAAAUGGGAAUUGUGGGAAGGGGAGACAUUGUAACCAACGCAGGAGGCUUAACUUAAUAUGAAACUAAAAAGAUUUUUUUUCCUUCAAUUAUCUAGCCGAGAUGUCAAUGACUAUUGUUUGCUGGUGCGGGCCAUCGCUCCGCCCCUCGUGUUUGUCGUAAACCUGGCGCCUGGCUACAAUAAACCCAAGAUGAGAGUGGCCAGGGCUCGCCUCCUCCUCGAAGGCGAUCAAUCGGAUCUCAGGCAACUACUGCGAGCGCUCUCUUACGUCGACGCGCGCGAGAACGACGCGGCCGAGCGGCUCCACCACGCGCAUCCCCGCCUCGCUUUUCUGAACCAUGUCGCUGAGCCCAAAGCACACGACACCUUUCUCAGUGACAGACAUUCUCAGCCCCAUAGAAGAGACCUACAAGAAGUUUAGUGGCAUGGAGGGCUCUGGGAACCUGGCGUCUCCGUUGGGAGCCUACCGGCAACCUCAGGUGUCCCAGACGGGCAUGCAGCAACACUCGAUGGGCCACAACGCCACGGUGGCCAGUACCUACCACAUGCCCCACACCGUCUCCCAGUUCUCCCACAGCGCUAUGAGCGGCUACUGCAACGGAAGCAUUGCCAACAUGGGCGAUCUGCCCUCUUACCAAGAAACUAUGAGGAGCAGUGCGGCGGCAACGGGGUGGUACGGCGCCAACCCCGACCCAAGAUAUUCAACAAUUUCUAGAUUCAUGGGACCUUCCACAGGUAUGAACAUGAGCGGAAUGGGAACGCUGAGCGGCAUGGCGGACGCUUCCAAAGCCAUGACCCCGCUGCACGCGGCGCCCAGGCGGAAGCGACGUGUCCUCUUCUCUCAAGCCCAAGUCUACGAGCUCGAGCGAAGGUUUAAGCAGCAGAAGUACCUAUCAGCACCCGAACGGGAGCACCUGGCCAGUAUGAUCCACCUGACCCCCACUCAAGUGAAGAUUUGGUUUCAGAACCACCGCUACAAGAUGAAGCGGCAGGCCAAGGACAAGGCGGCGCAGCAGCUGCAGCAGGAGAGCAACCUGUGCCAGCAGCAGCAGUCGCCCAGGCGGGUGGCUGUACCCGUGCUGGUCAAGGAUGGCAAGCCGUGCCAGAACGGCUCCAACACUCCGACACCCAGCCAACAGCAAAUGCAGCAGCAGCAACAACAUCAGCAACAGCAAAACAGCUCUGGGGUCGUGCUUCCUGCCACGAGUAACUCUAUAAAUCCACACCAGAGUCAGCAGGUGGGAGCCCUGGUACAGGCCCAAGACCUAGAGGAAAUGUCACCCAGUCCUCCAUCCCUCCACUCCUCACUAAACACCAUGGGACAGAUAGACACGUCUGUAGAUUACACUAGCAACAUGGUCACAUCAAACCUGCUUUAUGGCAGGACGUGGUAGGACUGAUUCAUCAUUUUCAACUUUUUUUUUUAUAUACAAACUCUAACUCUGAAGUGAAAACGAGGCCAAAAGUAGACAUCGGGUGUGAGAAUGUGGAGGGUGUACGGAUAAAACAAGGCUUUGGGGUCAAGCCACCUUUUCUUUUAUCCAAGGCAUGAUUUUUUUCUACAUUAAACACUUCCACCAGUGAAGGACAAGAUGUCAUUUCUAGCCUUAUUCUGUGUGUUUUGGACUCCCCUUUAUUAUGCUAGUAGAAGGGUACCCGUUGUUGAACAAGGUCGCCGCUCUCAGCAGUGCUAUACAAGCAGAAAACGGGAUGCUAGGGCUUCAGGUACAAACUUUUGAUCCACAGAAGAUCCCCGAGUGACCUGAUCUUACAGCCAAGCUCCCGUGCUGAACACCUGAAUUUAUUCUGAUAUGAAUAUUGUAAGCUAAUGUAUCCUUUUAGAUUAAUGAAAAGUAGGGACUGUAUAUUUGGCUAACACUUCAUUUUCUGUUUACCUGUAAUAUAAAUGAUAAUUUUUUUGGUUGUUUAUUUUAUUUCCUUUUUUGUAAGUUAAGACAAACACAUACACUAUGGCUGCUGUAUAUGUUUCAAACCAAUUGAACGUUGACAAUAAAUCGAUUGAAGUACCAGUCAUUCUCCGGGAAUUAAUUUGGAGUGAGUUUGCAUUAGGCCCGUGUUAACGCAAAGUGAGCUCGAGAGAUGGAAAAGUGAACUGAAGCAAAUCAUUAAAAUGAAUAUCAUAUGUUAUGAGCUAGGCUGCAAUAUACUUUCUAAGCAUUUACAUUUUUAAACACGACUAAACAUUAUAUAAAUGUACAUAUCGUUUUUUACAAAGCAGUUGCGAAUUAAGCUGUUUUCAGAAAUCAGAUUAAAAUGAUUACAACUCACCUGUAAAAAAAUACAAUUUAAGAACGGUUAUUUAUACAUUUAUACGUCAUGCAAUUUCAUUUUUCCUUCUUCCUUUUUAAAUACGAUACGAGUCAAUACUAUUUCUAUUACCAGUACGAGUACUGCUACUGCUUAGGCUGCUGAAAUAACUUUAAAUAUAUCCCUUUUAUUUCACAAUGCGAUAUUAUUGUCUAUAUAAUAUCAUUUUCUAAAAAGCUACACGGAUAUGUAUUGCCAGGGAGCACAAUCGGCACAAUCAUUUUACACUGCUUUCUGCCUAACAUGGACACUGUCCAGAAUAUGGUAAUAUUAUCUAGGCUUAUUUAAUUUUUGUUAUUAAUAAAAGCGUACUACAGUCAUUUUUUUCUUUUCCUCUAACACACACACAAAAAAAGAAGACAGGAUAUUUAGCUGUUUAGUGAUUUUUUUAAGUGUGAUGUUAUAGAGCUAUGUGGAAAAAAACUAGUUUGCUGAGUGUAUUUAUCUGUUUUCUCUCACUAUCUCAGCUCCCCUGCUUUCAUUAGGUGUUCUCUCUGACGGUAAAAUUACUUUUUAGAGCGAAACAGGAGCUAAAUUAAAUUACUGAGGAAUUAAUAUAGACGCCUGUUUGCAGGCAGGCAUUGCUAUAAAGGCUUGAAUCAAUAGCAAAAUGCCUUUCAUUUAGACUAUUGAACUAGCAUGAUCACUACUAUAACUAGUGAACAGUUAUUGUGAAUGAAUAGUAGAGGAGAGUAUCCUCGGUCGAAGGGCCUACACUAUUAAAAAGACAGGCAUUCAUUUAUAAUACCAGUGUUCCUGUCCAGCUGGAUUUUUUAAAUAAGCAUUGUAGGUGUUAAUUUCAGCAGUUCAAGUGUUUAUUCAGCCCAGAUCAUUUUUACUGUAUUGUAAUGUUCUACACAAUGUGCAGCUAGGCUAUCGAGGCUCGUAAACCUUUUCUUAUUUGUUAUAAAUUAUAAUGGAAC